AUGAUAGUUCUCAUACUUAGGAAUUUCGAGGAAUGGAUUAAUCCCAGUGAUAGUAUACCCAUACAGACCCUUUUUACUGACGGAAAUAGAUUACUGAAUGACGUAAUCUUGGUUAAUACUGCCAUAAAUAGCUUAAAUGGCGAUAAUAAAAAGGUUAAUGUGUGGUCUCGUGUUAGAAAAUGUUUUGGUUGCAGAAGAAAAGAAGGUAUCAGGCCUGAUGGCCUAGUCAUUAAUGCUUUAAUGAACGACGUGAGGGAAUACCCUAUUUUCAAAAAGUGUUUUGAAAAUAGGGGUAUCGGCAAGAUGAAUGUUUGUGAAGAUGGGGUAGAGGGGGUUGUCAGAGGUAUGUCAGUUAAUCCCUGUAAGGACAACCUUUCUUACCCCAUCUUCAAAAUGUGUCCUCAAAAAUUGAAGGUGGAGGAUAAUAUUAUUGAUCCUGUUGAGGAUGUUAAAUAUUCUUCCAAGGAUGAUACAAAAAUAAAACCCAUUUGCACAGAUUACGAUUUUGUAAAGCUAAUAGGCCAGGGUGGAGCUGCUAAGGUUUUCCUUGCCCGUUCCAAAACAAAUGGGAAGGAAUACGCCGCAAAGGUGAUUCGGAAGCAAUUCCGUGACGAUAUAGAGGAUGCCUACAGCAAAAGGCUAAUUCAUAGAGAAAAGUUAGUUUUCGAUAAAACUAAAAAACUCCCAUUUAUGGUUGAGUUAUUCGCCUACUACCACACCCCUAUGAAUUACGCCUUCAUCAUGGAGUACGUUGACGGUGGAGACCUCCAUCGUCACCUCCGACAUCAACCUAACUCUACACUACCCGAGCACCAUGCUCGUUUCUAUGCGGCGGAGAUAACCUUAGCACUCCACCACCUACACAGUAGAGGAAUCAUCCAUAGAGACGUUAAACCGGAAAAUAUUCUAUUGUGCUCCGAUGGCCAUAUCAAACUAUCUGAUUAUGGCCUAUGCACGGAUAUUCUACCAAGUUUCAUCGAAAGACGAAAAUCUCUGCGAGUCGGGACUGUCUACUACAAGGCACCCGAAGUUUCAUUCGAUCCAUAUUAUAGCUAUAGCAUAGAUUGGUGGGCCUUAGGGGUAGUUUUGUACGAAAUGUUGGUUGGCAAACUCCCCUUUGGCCUAGAAGCCAAGCCCUCUCACAACGAUGACCACUAUCGUUUACAAGCUAAAUAUGGAAGGGUGAAAAUCCCUAUAUCCAUUUCCUUCAAAGCCUCCUCCAUCAUCAGAGGAUUCUUGACAGAGGAUCCCAAAAAAAGAUUAGGAGGAGAUGAAAAUGGGGGUUUGGAAUGCUUCCACACGUCCAAAAUGAUAGUUCUCAUACUUAGGAAUUUCGAGGAAUGGAUUAAUCCCAGUGAUAGUAUACCCAUACAGUACAAAUACAAUCCUAGGAUAUUAAAUGAACCCAAUAUUCCCUCAAAUAUUAGACAAAAAAUACUCUCCUAA